ACAGAGGUAUCUGUUUCCAAGAAAGAAACGAAGAAGCAUUUCAUCUGAGGCUCUAACUGCAACAUGACAGCUUCAAUGUAAUGCAAAGAGAGCCCAGAGACGACAAUAAAGAAGGCCAUUGAAGUUAGUGAAAGCACAUCUAUACUCUAUACACCAUGACAGAAGAGUCCAAUAGUUCUCAUAUGGUCUGCGAUGUGUACAGAGACAUGCACCCGUUUACUUACUUCUAUUACCUAGUGUUCAUGGUUGGAUUUUUUGGAAGCUGCUUUGCGUUGUGGGCCUUUACUAGGAGUGACAGCAGUCAGAAGUGUACAAGCAUAUAUCUCAUCAACCUACUCAUAGCAGACUUCCUGCUGACUCUUGCCUUGCCAUUUAAAAUUGUUGUAGACCUGGGCAUUGCCACAUGGAAACUGAAAAUAUUUCAUUGCCAGGUGACAGCUGUUAUCAUAUACAUCAACAUGUACUUAUCCAUUAUCUUUCUGGGCUUUGUCAGUAUGGACCGAAGCCUUCAAACAAUCAACAGUUCCAGACUGUACCAAGUGCAAAAGAGGGGGUUUGCUAAGAUGAUAUCUGCAGUUGUUUGGACAUUAGUACUUUUUAUAAUGUUACCAAAUAUGCUGAUACCUAUUAACGAUAUCCCAGAAAGGGAUAUUGUUGGCUGCAUUGACUUUAAGAAAGAAAUUGGAAGGCACUGGCAUGUUCUUUCAAACUUCAUUAGCCUCGCAAUAUUUUUCAACUGCUCCUGUAUUAUUUUAAUCUCCAAUUUUCUUACCAUAAAACGGCUUUACAGGCACAAGGACUGUGAUGAAUUUCUCAACAUCAAACAAGCCUUGGUACAGAUCCUGCUUGUGACAGCUGGAUACGUGAUCUGUUUUGUUCCCUACCAUAUUGUUCGCAUCCCCUACACAUUGAGCCAAAGCAACAUUAUAAUGGACUGCAGCUUGAAGCAAGUACUUUUCUUUGCAAAAGAAUCUACUCUCUUGCUCUCGGUUUCUAACUUGUGUUUUGACCCUAUACUCUACUUUUACUUUUCUAAGACAUUCAGAACUAAAAUCACCAAGACAUUUUCCAUGAAAAAAGAGGUAACAGCUGUUUAACCUUAUUCUCCGCUAUCACUGUGAAACAUAUUGUAGCAGCCUCUACAACCUGUUUCUUUGAGGACCUACUUUAAGUCUAAGAAGUCAGAUUUUUGGUCAAAGAAUUGGCUUAGAAUUAAUUAAGCACCCUUUUAAUUAUUGCUGACUGUUGAAAAUUACCUUUAUUUAAACAACUUGGGGACCCAUUUUUAGGUCCUGAUCCAGAUGAUACCUGCUCUGUGGAAUAUUUUUUAUCAAAUAAAUUUUAUUACAAUCACA